AUGGAAUCAUCUGAUUACCAGGGGCCCGGCGCCACAGGCAAUCCCGGGGUCGACCUAUUGUUGAGCCAACUUUCUUUCAUUCGACAAGAACAGCAACGUGGACUUGUUGAACUCAACAGCCAGAUAGCUAGUGUCCUUCGCCAAGUGAAAGACGAGAUAUGUGGCCAGACGUCUUCAAUUACAGACGCGGGAACCAGUUCAGGAAAAGGGGAAUAUGAUCGAUAUCGGGGUACGGACACAUAUGACAGUAGAAUGUUAUCGUUGUUUGGGAGGAAAUCAAUCACCAGUACUUCAACAGUGACUGACCUCGUCGAAGAAAUGGCCAUGUUGAGGAACAAGAACAAGAUAAACGAAGCAAAGAAGAUCGAACUGAUUAACGAGAGAAAGAUCCUUGAGAGAGAGUAUCACGAGUUGAAACAUAAUCUUGAAAGAACUGAGCAACGAAGCCGAGAUCUUUUGGAAGAGAGAGCGCGCAUUGACCUGGUACUGGAAAGCACAGUGGCUGAAAAUAAAGCACUGGAGCAGCAACAACAGGAGUUGCAAGGUCAAAUGAACAUUAUGGCAGCCCGCCUUAGUAACAUGUCUACAGUCAAUCAAGAUUUGGAGGAACGACGAGAGAAUGUCGAAAACCAGAGGAAGAUGCAGGUUGUACGAAUCGGAGAAUUGGACCAAGCCAACCGAAAGUUGCAAGAACAGGUAGCAAAGUUUCGUGAUAUCAUCAUGAAAGGCAGCGGCCAGAGCAGGCAGGUAGAUGACUCCACGAUUAUUACAUUAUUUGUGGCCUUGAGGCAGCAGAUCCAGAAUAUUGCCUUCCAGUUUUAUCAAGUCGAUCAGAGGCCAAAAGGAAUGAAACAACUAUCACAAAGGCAGCAGGAGUUCUUCAGUCUGUGGAGGAAAAAGCUCACCCAGCCUCAAUUAAGAAACAGGGUACGAGCCAUGAUCUUCGAAUUGCUUCACGAUUGGAUUUUGGGCCGGCGGUGUUUUGGCCUAGAGGACUUCAACGUACAUGGAGAUCUAGAGAUCAGCCUGGCCCAAUUUGAAGAGGCCCUCGAGAAAACAGAAGGUCGCCACUCGGACAUAGCUGAAUGGAGGACUCGUACCGUCGAAUGCGCCGCGUUGAUCAGUGAUCAUGCCCAAAGCACAUGGCCGGAAAAGGUUGCGCAUCAGAUAUGGGAGUUCAUAUCCCCCAUCCUACCCCCAGAAACGGAUAAGGUAUCGGAGAAGAAAUGCAGUGAUCUCGAAAAGCAUCUUGUCAAGGUCUGUGAGGGUGCUCAUCAACUCGCUCUACUUGUGCGAGGAUGCAAAGAUGUGUACCAAUGUCAACGAAUAAAAAGAGGAGAAGCACUGAAUGACGAGGAUGCAGAGCCGCAAGACAAAGAAGAAUCAGCCGGUACCAGCGUGAAAGAUGCCACUGUUGUGUUUACUAUCUUUGGCGCCCUGGUCAAGUACCCUAACCUCACGCCGGGGGUCAAACUCGUUCUAGAGAAAGCUCAUGUUGUUAUUAGAGAUUAA